AUGCGAUACGUGCCCUACUCCUUUGCCACUAUUGCUCCUCGGGGAAUAAUGAAGCUUCACGACAAGAAGGAGGAGAUUCUAGACCACAUCCAGCGUAUCUAUCUUCCUUACACGGUUAUUGAUGUUGGCUGGUGGUAUAAGCUUACGGUUCUUCGUGUGCCAUCAGGUAAACUGGAUCACGGACUGGCCUUCCCCAACAACAAUAUCAUUGCAGGAGGGAACACCCCAUCUGCGCUCCUCAAUGUACUCGACGUGGGUAAAUACGUAGCAGCCAUCAUCGACGAUCCCCGAACCAUCAAUAAGAAAGUCCUGGCUGACACAGAGGCCAAGAUGCAGAAUGAAGUGCACGAGUUGGUUGAUAAGGUAACUGGCGAGAAGCCAGAAUGCACUGAGUUAUCCAAAGAGCAGCUAGAAGCCCAGUACCUCCAGUUUAAGGGCACUGAUGAGAUUAGCCAAACGCGCAGUGUGAUAGAGUACUGGAUGUCCUGGGGGGUUUGGGGUGACAAUACUGCCGUGAACGAUGUAUAUCUUGGAUAUCUGCUUGCAAGUAAUUUGUAUCCCUCGGUUCAUGGUGAAAAUCUUAAAGCAUUCAUUCAGGAGAUCUUUAAUAGAAAGGGAGAGAAAGUCUAUUAA